CAACCAUGGGCAACGCGGCCGGCAGCGCAGAGCAGCCAGCGAGCCCCGCCGCGCUGUCUCCCAAGCAGCCCGCGGCGCCCAAGCAGCCGAUGCCCGCUGCCGGAGAGCUGGAGGAGAGGUUUAACCGGGUCCUGAACUGCAUGAACUUGCCCCCUGACAAGGUCCAGCUGCUGAGCCAGUAUGACAAUGAGAAGAAGUGGGAGCUCAUCUGUGACCAGGAGCGGUUUCAAGUCAAGAACCCCCCUGCGGCCUACAUCCAGAAGCUGAAGAGCUACCUGGAAACUGGUGGGGUCAGCCGCAAGGUAGCAGCAGAUUGGAUGUCCAACCUGGGGUUUAAGAGGCGAGUUCAGGAGUCCACUCAGGUGCUGCGGGAGUUGGAGAUCUCCCUGAGGACAAACCAUAUUGGGUGGGUGCAGGAGUUCCUUAAUGAGGAAAACCGUGGCCUGGAUGUGCUGCUCGAGUACCUGGCCUUUGCCCAGUGCUCUGUCACGUAUGACAUGGAGAGCACAGACAACGGGGCACCUGGCUCCGAGAAGAGCAAGCCGCUGGAGCAGUCAGUGGAAGAUCUCAGCAAAGGUCCACCCUCAUCCUCGGCAGCACAGCCCAAGAGUCGCCACCUGACCAUCAAGUGUCCCCCUUCUCCCCGGCUGACCCCUGCCCACAGCAGGAAGGCCCUGCGGAACUCCCGCAUUGUUAGCCAGAAGGAUGAUGUCCAUGUGUGCAUCAUGUGUUUGCGUGCCAUCAUGAACUACCAGUCUGGCUUCAGCCUUGUCAUGAACCACCCAGCCUGUGUCAAUGAGAUUGCUCUGAGCCUCAACAACAAGAACCCCAGAACCAAGGCUCUGGUGCUGGAGCUGCUGGCAGCUGUGUGCCUGGUGCGGGGAGGACAUGACAUCAUCCUUUCAGCCUUUGACAACUUCAAGGAGGUAUGUGGGGAGCAGCACCGCUUUGAAAAGCUGAUGGAAUACUUCCGGAAUGAGGAUAGCAACAUCGACUUCAUGGUGGCCUGUAUGCAAUUCAUCAACAUUGUGGUGCAUUCAGUGGAGAACAUGAACUUCCGUGUCUUCCUGCAAUAUGAGUUCACCCACCUGGGCCUGGACCUGUACUUGGAGAGACUUCGGCUCACGGAGAGUGACAAGCUGCAGGUGCAGAUUCAGGCGUACCUGGACAAUGUUUUUGAUGUGGGUGCGCUGCUGGAGGACACUGAGACCAAGAAUGCUGUGCUGGAGCACAUGGAGGAGCUACAGGAGCAGGUGGCCCUGCUGACAGAGCGACUUCGGGACGCGGAGAACGAAUCCAUGGCCAAGAUUGCAGAGCUGGAAAAGCAGCUAAGCCAGGCCCGAAAGGAGUUGGAGACCCUGAGGGAGCGCUUCAGCGAGCCGACCCCCACCGGCACCUCCAGACGUUCCCCUGAGCCUGAGAAAGUGCCUGCCCCCGUCCUGGCGCGACCCUCAGCCCUAGAGCUGAAGGUGGAAGAGCUGGAGGAGAAGGGGUUAAUCCGUAUCCUGCGGGGGCCCGGGGAUGCUGUCUCCAUCGAGAUCCUCCCGGUCGCUGUGGCAACUCCGAGCGGCAGUGAUGCCCUGACUCCAGAGGUGCCCUUGGGCUCCCCCAGCCCAGGUGUGCAGGAUCUUCGAGUGGAGUCGGUUCCUGGAGCGGCAGCACCCCCACCACCACCUUCACCGCCGCCACCGCCCCCACUGCCCGGCCUCCUCACCCAGGAGGAAGCCCCGCCCUCAGCACCCCCACUGGCCCCGCCCCUCCCAGGCAGCCCAGAGCCCCCGCCCCCGCCGCCACUGCCGGGAGACCAGCCGCCCCCACCCCCGCCACCGCCACCUCCCGGCACCGACAGACCGGUGCCCCCGCCGCCUCCACCGCCUCCAGGAGGUUCUUCUGAUGCUCCUGAGGGGUCUGGUUCAGAGAUGGGACCAGGAGUAAAGGCCAAGAAACCCAUCCAGACUAAGUUCAGAAUGCCACUCUUAAACUGGGUGGCCCUGAAACCCAACCAGAUCACAGGCACUGUCUUCACCGAGCUCAAUGAUGAAAAGGUGCUGCAGGAGCUGGACAUGAGUGAAUUUGAGGAGCAGUUCAAGACCAAGUCCCAAGGUCCCAGCUUAGACAUUAAUGCUCUCAAGAGUAAGUCAGCCCAGAAGGCCCCCAGCAAAGCCAUACUCAUCGAGGCCAACCGGGCCAAGAACCUGGCCAUAACCCUGCGCAAGGGCAACCUGGGGGCUGACCGCAUCUGCCAGGCCAUCGAGACGUACGACCUACAGGCCCUUGGCCUGGACUUCCUGGAGCUGCUGACCCGCUUCCUGCCCACAGAGUAUGAGCGCAGCCUCAUCUCCCGCUUUGAGCGGGAGCAGCGACCGAUGGAGGAGCUGUCAGAAGAGGACCACUUCAUGCUGCGCUUCAGCCGUAUCCCCCGCCUGUCCGAGCGCAUGAACACACUCAUCUUCCUGGGCAACUUUCCAGACACGGCCCAGAUGCUCAUGCCGCAACUGAAUGCCAUCAUUGCAGCCUCAAUGUCCAUCAAGUCCUCAGACAAACUCCGCCAGAUCCUGGAGAUUGUCCUGGCUUUCGGCAACUACAUGAACAGCAGCAAGCGUGGGGCAGCCUAUGGCUUCCGGCUCCAGAGUCUGGAUGCGCUGCUGGAGAUGAAGUCGACUGAUCGCAAGCAGACGCUGCUGCAUUACCUGGUGAAGGUCAUUGCAGAGAAGUACCCCCAGCUCACAGGUUUCCACAGCGACUUGCAUUUUCUGGACAAGGCGGGCUCAGUGUCCCUGGACAGCGUGCUUGGGGAUGUGCGUGCCUUGCAGCGAGGCCUGGAGUUGACUCAGCGGGAGUUUGUGCGGCAGGAUGACUGUGUGGUGCUCAAGGAGUUCCUGAGGGCCAACUCACCCACCAUGGAUAAGCUGCUGGCAGACAGCAAGACGGCUCAGGAAGCCUACGAGUCUGUGGUGGAGUACUUUGGAGAGAACCCCAAGACCACAUCCCCCUCCAUGUUCUUUUCCCUCUUCAGUCGCUUCAUCAAAGCCUAUAAGAAAGCUGAGCAGGAGGUGGAACAAUGGAAGAAAGAAGCAGCUGCCCAGGAGGCAAGCACCGAUGCCCCAGGCAGAGGGGAGCCCGAAGCACCCAAGUCCCCACCCAAGGUCCGGCGGCAACAGAUGGACCUCAUCUCUGAGCUGAAACGGAGGCAGCAGAAGGAGCCACUCAUCUACGAGAGUGACCGUGAUGGGGCCAUUGAAGAUAUCAUCACAGAUCUGCGGAACCAGCCCUACAUCCGCGCAGACACAGGCCGUCGCAGUGGUCGCCGGCGCCCCCCGGGGCCCCCCCUGCAGGUCACAUCCGACCUCUCGCUGUAGCCACUGCUUCUGCAGAUGGACUCUUGGAGACCACAGGGGAGGGGGCGGGGGAGGCGAGUGUGGAGACCAGGAGGCAAGCUGGGGUUCAAAGAAGGUAGUCCUCAGCUCGGCUGGGCCAGGCAGCCUACUCCUGGGCCCACCUCAAAUGGGUGGGUGCACCCUCAUCUUGCCACAGAGGGCAGCAUCUCUGGUCCCUCCCCCAAAUGCUGCUUGCAGCACUCCUCUCCCAAUAGCCAUACUUAGCCUCAGCGGGAGCCUGGCUUGUAACUUAUAAAGUGCGACCUCGCACCCCUUCCCUCCACCUCAACCCCAGCUCUGGGGACUCUCCAUGGACCUUAUUUUUAUACAAGAUUAAUAAAGACAUUUGCAAAA